AACAGCAAUAGAGUUAAAGACCGGGUGAAUGAUACACUAUUAAAUAGCUAGAAGCUGAAAAAUAAAUUUUAAUGCAAAUGGCAUUUUUGAAUGAAGUUGUUGUUUUUUCCCCUUGCUUGAUUUAAGUCACUGAGAGCUGGAGCGGUUCAGUAAAGAGGUCUAGGAGGCCGGAGUCUGUUGAUGCCGAGGCUGAAGAGAUUCCGGAUGCGGCGGAAGCCAAUAAACAGAAGAAUGGCAGCAAUGGAAGUGGACACAGGUUUGGGUUCGGCUCUGGAUGUAGAGCUGGGACCCGAGCUGGAGGAGGAGCUCGGCGUUUCUCUGGACGAGCUACGCAAGUGGAUCGAGGAGCAGGUGGACAGCAGCGAGGUCGUAGCACUCAGGAAGGCGCAGUUAGCAGAAAUGAAGAACUUGGUCGAGGAGAAAGAGAAGGACAUGGCUAGUAUGGACAAACUCUGCUCCACCGCAUCAGAGUCUGUAAUACAGUGUGAAGUUCUAGUGAAAGAGCUGUACAGUAACAUAGGCCUGGAGUAUCGGGAGAGCAGCUCCGAAGAUGAAGGAGUAGGUGGCGGCAACGCUUCAGAGGUCAUUGAAAUCGAUGACGAGGAUGACGAGGAUGACGACGAUGACGAUGAUGACGACGAGGACGACGAUGAUGACGUCAUUGCCGUGGGCUGUGUGGUUCCACCAAAGAACAAAACACCAGUCAAAGAUUCGCUCAUGGAAGCGUCGGCGGCGCUACAGAGAUCCACUCAGCAGGUGCAGAACCUGAUGCAGACACCCAGCAAACCAACGCCGUCCACAGCCAUCACGCCCACCAAAGGACUGGCUCCUCCCUCUCCAUCCCGCGGCUCCAUGCUAAACAUUCCAGCAGUCUUCAUGUCCUCAGGCCCUGCACACGCACCUACUCAACCCAAUCCAGCUCUAAAGCAGGAUGUCAUGAGGUUAAACAUGAGCAUCCUGGGUAAAAAACGCACCAAGACCUGGCACCGUGGAACUCUGAUCGCUAUUAACUCAGUGGGCAGCGGCUUUAAGUACAAGGUGAAGUUUGAGAAUAAGGGGAAAAGCCUGUUGUCUGGGAACCACGUGGCAUUCGACUAUCACCCCACACUGGAGAGGCUCUACGUCGGCGCUCGUGUCGUUGCCAAAUAUAAAGAUGGCAACCAGGUGUGGCUGUACGCCGGCAUCGUUGCUGAAAUGCCCAACAGCAAAAACCGCAUGAGGUUCCUGAUUUUUUUUGAUGAUGGCUAUGCUUCUUACGUAGCUUUGCCGGAUCUCUACCCUGUUUGCAGACCCUUGCAGAAGACGUGGGAAGACAUUGAGGAUGAGUCAUGCAGGGAUUUCAUUGAGGAGUACAUCACGGCAUAUCCGAACAGACCCAUGGUGCUGCUGAAGCCGGGUCAGAUCAUCAAAACGGAGUGGGAAGGGACGUGGUGGAGGAGCCGCGUGGAGGAAGUGGACGGCAGCCUCGUCAAAAUGCUGUUUCUGGACGAUAAGCGCAGUGAGUGGAUCUAUCGUGGCUCAACUCGCCUGGAGCCUAUGUUCAACCUAAAAAUGAGCACGGCCAACAACCAGGAAAAAAAGAUGGCAGGCCAGCAGCGCGUGCGUCCUAACAUGGGACCUAUGAGGGUUAAAGGCCCUGUGGUGCAGUAUACAAGUGAAAACAAUAUACCUAUCCGUCCUGCACCUACUCCACCCCGCCCACAGCUUCCUGCUCCCCCCCAGCCCCCACAGCCUCCCCAGCCUUCCCAGUCCUCCCAGCCGUCCCAGCCCUCCCAGCCCAUCCGCACAACUGAGACUCAGAUGGCUAAGAAGAGCACGUCACCGUACGUCCCUGCAGCUCGUCAGAUUGUUGCCACUGACCUCCAGCUCAAACCCGUCGGCAUCCUCCCCCAAAACACCGGCUCCAGACUCUUCUUCCUGCAGUCAGGGCCAGUGCAGAACCUGACACCCAUCGCUCCGGCUCCCCAAACCUUGCAGACUGCCAUACCUGCCAUGCCCACUAUGCCCACUAUACCCACAAUACCCACAAUAUCUACGAUCUCUCCAUAUGCGAGUGAGCGGGUACCUCAGGAGCCGUCAUAUCAGGCCCCUAAUGAUCGCCUCUUCUAUAUGGCGCACAACUGCACACCCGAGUGUCUAAAGCGCAUCCGGCCCACGCGACCCAACCUCCACCGGGGCAGAAACCCGCUCCUCACCCCGUUGCUGUAUGAAUUCCGCCGCAUGACCGCACGUCGCCGGCUCAACCGCAAGAUGUCCUUCCACGUGAUCUACAAGUCCCCGUGUGGCCUGAGCCUGAGGAACAUGGCGGAGAUCCAGCGCUACCUCUUCCAAACCCACUGCGACUUUAUCUUCCUAGAGAUGUUCUGUCUGGACCCGUAUGUCCUGGUGGACCGCCGCUUCCAACCCCAAAGGCCGUUUUACUUCAUCCGGGACAUCACAGGUGGACGUGAGGACAUUCCGCUGUCCUGCGUCAAUGAGAUCGACAACACACCGCCACCCAGCGUGGCUUACAGCAAAGAGCGCACCCCAGAGGACGGAGUCUUCAUCAACACGAGCUCCGACUUCCUGGUGGGCUGUGACUGCACCGACGGCUGCCAGGACAAGUCAAAGUGUUCGUGCCACCAGCUGACGCUGCAGGCGACAGGGUGUACUCCUGGCGGACAAAUCAAUCCCAAUGCUGGAUACAAUUACAAGCGACUGGACGAGUGCUUACCCACUGGGAUAUACGAGUGUAACAAGCGGUGCCGCUGUAAUCCUCAGAUGUGCAACAACCGCUUGGUGCAGCACGGCCUCCAAGUGCGCCUGCAGCUCUUCAAGACUCAGAACAAGGGCUGGGGCAUCCGCUGUCUUGAUGACGUGGCCAAAGGCUCUUUUGUCUGCAUCUAUGCUGGGAAAAUUCUUACGGACGACUUUGCGGACAAGGAGGGUUUGGAAAUGGGCGACGAGUACUUUGCUAACCUGGACCAUAUCGAGAGCGUGGAGAACUUUAAAGAGGGCUACGAGAGCGAGGCACACUGCUCGGACAGCGAGGGCAGCGGUGUUGACAUGAGCCGGGUCAAAAUGUCUUCGUCCCAGCAGGGCAAAAAUGGCCCCAAGACAGAGGAGCGCAACACGAGCAGCAAAGGCCAAGACUCUUCUGAAGAAGGCGAGAGCGAUGACGAAAAAGACGAUUCAAACGGUGAUGAGAGCGAUAGCUCGGACGACACUUUUGUGAAGGACACUUACUAUUCCUCCAGCUCGGUGUGGAGGAGCUACACGACUCGCCGACAGGCCAAGGGCAUGAAGGAAGAGAGUCAGGAUAGUAAGGAUGGACUGAGCAUGUCAGCUGGAGGAUCAGAGGACAGGAAGCCGCCACCUGUGCCAGAGGAAUGUGGGAAGAGUAAAGUGGCCUCAUGGCUGACCAGCCAGUCCUCUUCCACUGGAGCACCAAAUACCAAAAUAGAAGGAGGGAUAAAGAUAGAGAAGAAGGAAGUGAUGACGCUCUCUGACAGCGACGAUGUGCAAACUAUCAGCUCUGGCUCUGAUGACAACAAAGAGCGUGCAAAGAAGACUCAGGCGGUGGUGAAGAGGCAGGUGGCAGUGAAAUCAACACGAGGCAUCGCUUUAAAGUCCUCACAUGGCAUGAUGGUGAAAACAGGAGGUGGUGGAGGAGGGGGCUCAGCAGCCAACCAGGGUCACGGGGGUGGUACCGGAGACAGCAAUUCUAGAAGCACACGGCAGUUCUUUGAUGGAGAGGAGUCAUGUUACAUCAUUGAUGCCAAACUGGAAGGCAACCUUGGACGUUAUCUCAAUCAUAGCUGCAGUCCUAACCUGUUCGUCCAGAAUGUGUUUGUGGAUACUCAUGACUUGCGAUUUCCAUGGGUGGCCUUCUUCGCCAGCAAGAGGAUCCGUGCAGGAACGGAGCUGACGUGGGAUUAUAACUAUGAGGUUGGCAGCGUGGAAGGAAAAGAGCUUCUCUGCUGCUGUGGUUCCACCGAGUGCAGAGGACGACUGCUCUAACACAUACACACAUUUACAGAUUACUGUACUUGUAUUUAGACACCCAUGUAGUUUUUCAGUGUAUUGUUUUUAGGAAGCUUAAUUUUCUUGUUAAAGAAUACUGUGUGAACCGGUUGUGAAUGAAAUACGAUACCGAAAACGUCAGGUGCUCGCUGUCACUGCAAGAUUGCCCUUAAUUCCUUCCUUCUUUCAUCAAUCUCUGCCUUAAAUGAAAAAAAGGCCACACUAAAUUAUGCAUACAUAAUGUAAUUAUUUCGAGCAUUUAAUAAAUUUUUAUGAAC